UCCGCUUACCUUCAUUAUCUGAAGCGCCAAAGAUUCCUCCUGAGUCCCUUUGAUAUAGACGGUCUUUCAUCUGCAGCUAGCGUCAUCGCGGUUAUUCAACUUACGGGAAGUAUUGUGAAAAUUUAUGGAAGCUAUUUACAGGAGGCGAAGGAUGCACAAGAUCAAAUCAUUGCCUUGCAGCGAACGGUUGCAGAUCUUGAAAGCAUUCUCCACAAGUUGAGCGGACUUCUCAAAGAACCUUGUGACGCAAAGCUAGGCACUUCCUCCUCUCUAGUCAACGAUAUUAGUGAUUGUCUGUCGUGCCUUGAUGGCCUGAAAGAGAAGAUUGAUCCAACAAGAGGGGGGGCAAAUGAUAAGAAGACUCGGUAUACAAGCUUUAAAAUGGCCCCUCAGACACAUAGAGGCGCAAUCGGCUUACAUAUAAAUAGUUCCCUUUUAAGCGGUUUGGCUCAGGGAGUAGACCGUCUUGAUCGGAAUUUGAGUCUCAACAAGCUGCCGAUCGUGCAUAGGGCCGAGUUCAACUCAUAUAUCGAUCAACAUAAGGAUAAGUGCCUCCCAGGCACAAGAACUAAGCUUCUCUGCUAUAUCGCAGAAUGGGCGGUAUCACCCCAAGGAAAAUAUAUAUUCUGGCUGAACGAGGCGAAGCUCCUAGGUGCAAGUUUCUUUUUUAAGAGAGGAGAAGGAGAUCGAGGGAAUACCAUGAAGCUCUUUUCAACAAUUACAAGGCAGCUAGUGCUAAGUCUUCCUCAGUUAAUUCUAUUUGUCCAGAAAGCUCUUAACGACGAUCCCAAUGUUGUGGGUAGAUCGUUGAAAGAGCAGUUUGAGAAAUUACUUCUUCAGCCACUGCUAAGCUUAGAAUCAAGCUAUCUUCCGACGUCUACCUUCGUGAUAGUGAUUGACGCAUUGGACGAAUGUAAACGGGAUAAGAAUAUCCGAAUUAUUCUUCAGUUACUACUACAGCUAGGAUUACUUAACGCUAUACGUCUGCGAAUCUUUUUAACAAGCAGGCCUGAAUGGCUGAUCCUCAGAGAAUUCUCUAAAGCCACAAGCGAUGGGCAAGUUAUUUUUGUUCUCAAUAAGAUCGAUAAAUUAGCGAUAGAGCAUGAUAUAUCCUUGUUCUUAAGGCACUGA